AUGCUGCAUCACAUAUCAACAUCUCCGAACACCGACCUGCCGUUCAGCGGGCGCAGCAGAAAGGGACACAGAGGCGCCAAGCGUCAGCCGUUGAGCUGCCUUCCUUGCAGACAUCACAAGCUCCGUUGCGAUCGCCAGGUUCCGUGCGGAACAUGCGUGCGGUAUGACCGCAAGGAUCUUUGCCAGGAAAACCCGGCACCGCGGCAUGCGAACAAGUCCACGUCAUCAUCGAUUUCUCCGCUCUCCAGCGAAGCUCGCGAAACUGCUGCUCAGCCGGCUGGGAUAGACGCCGACACGAGGCCCAAUCUUGUCACCCGACAAAGAACUGUCCAGUCAAUACCGCCCUCUGCGGUCAGACAGGCACAAACUAUUGGCGGCCUCUCCAUUGCGGCUGCGGCAGAGCAGCUGCAGAGCAGUCGCGGACCCUGUGCUGCUGCUCAUCGUGCAGGAACCCCUCUCGCUGCUUACAUGAGCCAGUCCUCGAUCUGGAGUCUCCUUGACCCAGUUGAAGGCAGCUCCAACAAGUUCUGGAAAGACCAGCUCGUAAAUGCGUUGCCUACACGUGGACAGUGUGACAUUUUGACGACGUACUAUUUCGAGCACCAUAACUGGCUCUGGCUGCCCGUCCAUGCACCUUCCUUCCGCAGGGAGUACGCACACUUCUGGGACACGCACGUUGACGAGGCUGAUCUAUUGUGGCUCUCGUUGCUCUUUUCCAUUAUAUCUGUCAGCGCACUGUACAUCCCAUUCGAAGCCAUUGAAAUUGUGAGUAUACCAAGGACGUCCAUACGCAAGCUGGCCCGAUCAUGGCACCUCGCCUCGCAGCAGGCAUUACACGUGGGCGAGCACGAAACGAAGCCGCGGCUCGUGCAAAUCCAGACUUUUAUUGUGUCGCGACUAUACUGGUUUGCGACCAACAAUUUUGAAAUACUAAAUUCCCGACUUGGACAAGCCGUUCGCCAUGCGCAUGCCCUGAACCUGGAUAAGAACAGCUCACCGUCCAAGAACCUGGAUGAUGAGAUUCAGCACCGACUCUGGUCAGAUUUGGUGGACACAGACACUUUCCAGGCCAUCUGCCUAGACCGCCCACCUCUAAUCCGAGUUGAAGCUCACAACGUCCCUCUGCCGCUCAACUGCAACGAUGUCGAUCUCACAUCAGAUUCCAUCGUCAUCCGCCCAAUCCACGAACCCACAGAGGCGACUCUGAAGGUGCAUAUGGCCCAGCUCUUCCAGCUCAUCAACAAGCGAGUCUGUUCAGGCAACGGCACAUUUCUCACAUCGUACGAGAACGUCGUCAUGAUGGAGAAAGAGCUACUAGAGUUCAUGCAAGCCCUCCCGUGGUAUCUCCAGCCAAAUGCAAGGGGCUCGUUUGCCGGAUUUGAAUAUGUGAAGUGGCAGCAUCAUAUCCUGCGAACGUGCGUCGCGACGCAGCGCAUCCGCAUGCACAAGCCGUUCCUGUCCAUUCGUGGCAACGAAUCAUGGAGAAGCUGUGCCGAAGCGGCGCAAGAUGCCCUGACGGUCUACAAGGAAAUCCGCCUCGAGACGGCCCCUGCGUACCGGCAAAAGUUCUUUACUUGCAGCUAUCAGAUCUUCUCCAUUGCGGUCACCAUUGCUGCCCUGAUUCUCGUAGAGGGGGCGCAGCCAUUUCCGGACGCCCUCGAAUGGCUGCAGAAUCUUGCCCGCGACUUGAGGCAGGUCGAGGACCAAGGCUGCUUUGCACCGCUGGCGCAGCAUGGCCGAACAGUACUGACCAACAUGAUCGCAUACUAUGAGCGUCACCGGCCGUACACGGCGCGCGACGCAGAAAAGCUGGUGUCGGACAUCAGCGUCAUUCUGGGAGGCGAGCAGGCGACCCGCGCCUACCUCGGUCGGUACUCGGAGGAACACAGCCCUUCAGCGGUGAGGGUAGGCUCAUCAAUCGUGCCGCCGGCGCCCAUGACGGCCGUGGCGACUUUGACUACCAGCGGCGGAGUACGUGCUGGUGAAGCAGUGUCGCCGGAUGGCCUGGCUGGGAUAGAAACUGCUAUUUUCGGGUACCAAGCGCUGGAUUCUAUGCUGACUCUGGAUCUCUUAAACUGGGACAUGACAGGUGCUCUCACCGACGCCCUCAACGCGGGAGGAUGA